UUGUAUCUCGCGGGUUGCGAUUCUCUACGACUCUCGAUCUAGCCUCCAAAAAUCUGAUCGGACUCGGUUCUUGGAAUUCCCGUUCCAACGCACUGAAAUUCGACAUCCGAUGAAAACCUAGAAAUCUUCUGUCCCUUCACGUCCAUAGGCUUCGUAUCGCUUGAAAUCGAACUCUUCCCGACCGGGACUCUGUUCGAUUUCGUCCGGAAAUGGGGAAGAAUCAGGCUUACAAAGCCAUGCAGAGAGCGAGGCUUGGCUCGAGCUCUGCUGCUCCUGAAGUGGUUGAAGAUGGCAUGGUGGAUGGUUCUUUUCAUUCACCAGCAUGGCAUGCUGCUCGUUUGGCAAGCCUUAAUACCUCUCAUACAAUCACGUGGGAAGAAUUCAAACAGAAGCAGAAGGAAGAAGAGAUCAAGAAGGGGGAAUUGGAAAAAGACAAAGAUAAGAUGAUGAGAGAGUACAGAGCACAGCUAGAUGCUGAAAGGGCAUGCAAGCUUGCGCAAGGAAGAAACCACUCUAGUAGGAAAUCUAAGCAGAAAAAGGAUCGAAAGGAGAAAGAUGAAAGGAAACGCAGUGGCAAGAGAAAGCAGAGGUCAAGGAGGAGAUCUUCGGAUUCUAGCUCCUCAGGCUCUUCUGAUGAUCCAAGUGACGAAGAAGAAGAGAGGGAAUCUAAAAGAUCGAGGUCCAGGUCUAAAAGAAAUAAAAAGGAGAAGAAGCACCGGUCUAGCUCCUCUAGCUCAUCUUCUGAUUAUUCAAGUGAUGAAGAAGAAGAAGAGAGGGAAUCUAAAAGAUCGAGGUCCAGGUCUAAAAGAAAUAGAAAGGAGAAGAAGCACCGGUCAAGAAAACGGAGUGGCAGCGAUGAUGGAGGAACUGGUCCCGUACCACUCUCCAGAUUCUUCGGAAAUGUUAAGAGUUAGCUGUUUUGCCGUGUAGCCUGCAUGCCUUGUAUUUGUAAAGAUUAUCCUCCUAAAACAGGAGAGGAGUUGAUGACUUGAUUGUUUCACUUAUGCAUUCGUUAAUCCUUAUUUUAUUAGCCAUCGAUAUCUCAUUUCUACUUCUAGCCUUUACUUAAGGAGAUGUAAGAAUGGUUGUAACUUUUAUAUUUGAAUUAGAAUAACAUGGCUGCGGAGCUUUGAAGGG